AUGGGCAUGGUGCCCAGGCAUCUGGGCAAGGGCGGCUACGGCACCGCCUUCCACAACAUCCACAAGGACCUCGUGAUGAAGUACGCACACACUCUGGACACCUUCCGAUCCUUCAUUGUGGAGGCCAAAGCGAUGGCGCUGUUUUGCAAGUACCACGGCUUUCAGCGCCUUGUGGGCGUGUGUCCAGAGAAGAUGUGUCUUGUCACCAGGUACGCCGGCCACACCCUCGACGCCCACGUGGUCGGCCGCAUGCACACGGAGCAAAGGAUGUCUGUUGUGAAGCAGGUGUGCAACAUCGUGCAAAGCAUGCACCAGCAAGGCCUUGCUCACAACGACAUCAAGCCAGCCAACGUGUGCGUGCGGAUGGCCGCGGAGGGACCCCAGGUCACCGUGAUUGACUUCGGUCUGACCAUGGUGGCCGGGACGCUGCCGAGGCUGGGGAUCGAGUGGAACGAGCGGCUGUGCUACGCCCCCGAGAUCUGCGGGAGCGAGAGAAGGCUGCUGCUGUUCCUGUUCGGCGGGAAGCAGCAGAUGCCGCAGCUGCUCAAAUGCUGGUUCGCCAAGAGCCAGGAGAUGAACCCGAGGGAGCGCCAGGGCCUGGGUUCGCUGCUGGAGGCCCUUGAGCAGGACAGAAUCCGCCUGCUCCGCCGCUACUGCUGA